AGUGGACUCAUUCAGCCAGGUGUUGUGGGAGAGGAUGGUCGUGUGAGACCCGCCGAACAUGUCCUGGAAUUGGUGCAAAACAUUCCAGACGAAACGGAGAAAAGUGAUGGAGAUGAAUCAGAUUAAAAAAGUGAAUGCAGACAAUCAAAGACUCGAAUUUUAA